GCGAGCGGACCUUAGAACGGAGUGGAUCAAAAAAUAAAAUUUCUAAAGCAUAAAUUUUGUCCGCGGAAACGUUAAAAUCUGCUAAAUUAAUUUAGCACUGAUGAUUUUUUUGUUUUAAUCAAAAUAUUUAUUAUAAUUUAUUUAAAUAAUAUAAUAUUUCAACACGAAAAAGUCAACAUAAUUUAAGUUCGAAACGACGGAUUUAAGAAUUUGAAAAAAAAUUGGCUAAGAAAUAAAUUAGAAAUUCAGAGAAAUGAAGACUUUUUCGCGAAUAAAAAUUUUAACGUUGUUCGUGUGUUCGCUAUUAGCGCUCAGUUUUCCCGGAUUUGUGAAUGGUGCUAACAAAAAAGGAUCACAGAGUGGCAGUGCUGCGCCUCCGCCAGCAGCUGUCGAACCGGAAGCCAUUAUUGAAGAAGUCAAUGCUAAGCAGCUGGAAAAGCUCUUAGCUGAUAAGGAUUAUGUAGCGGUUUUCUGGUAUGCACGAAGCUGUGUAACCUGUGAUAAAGUUUUAGCUGAACUCGAAAAAAUCGAUGAUGACACCGAUUCAUUCGGUGUUGACUUCGUUAAGAUUAACGACAAACGACUAGCAAAACAAUACGGCAUUAAAAAUUUCCCAGCACUAACAUACUUUAGAGAAAAAGAACCCAUAAUUUAUGAUGGAGACUUAAUGGAUGAAGAGGGUGUUCUUGAUUUUCUGACAUCAUUGGAAGCCAUGGAUUUACCUGAUCGUAUAGAAGAAGUGAACGCAAAAAUUCUGCUUAAAAUCAUCGAAGAUACCGACUUUGUAGCUGUGCUCUUCUGUCCGGACCAUGCAACAUGUCCGCCUAGGGUAAUGGAUAAGCCGGAUUGUCGCAAGUGUGCAAAAGCUCUACAAGAGCUUGAAAACAUCGAUGAUGAAGCAGAUCAAUUGGGUAUUGGUUUCGUAAAGAUACACGAUGAGGCUUUAGCAGAUGAAUACAAUUUGGGUAAUCUUCCAGCAUUGGUCUACUAUCGCCAUCAAACACCAAUUAUAUAUGAAGGUGAACUCUCAAGAGAGGAGGAUGUCUUGGAGUGGUUAGUGCAAAAUAAGUCUACAGGCGAUGAAGACGAUGUUAUCGAGGAUGUAACGCCAAAAACGUUAUCUACUUUAAUAACCAAUAUCGAUAAUUUGGUUGUAUUAUUCUAUGAUCAUGGUAAUGAUGAUUCAAUGACCGUGUUGGAAGAGCUAGAACAAAUUGACGACGACUGCGAUAAACAUGGCAUACAAUUUGUUAAAAUUGAUGAUGCCAAAACCGCAGCUGAAUAUGGAAUUGAUACGAUUCCAGCAAUUGUGUAUUUCGAAAAACAAAUUCCAAACGUUUACGACGGCGAUCUCAUGGAUGAAGAACAAAUUUUGCAUUGGCUUGUGGAACAGCUGGAACACGAUGAAAUUGAAGACGUUACCGAUGAAAUGCUAGACAAGAUGGUAAAAGAAGGUCGAGUGAUGGCUGUACUUUUCUAUGAUAAUAAUGACAAGAAAUCUCAGAGAAUAUUGGAAGAAUUGGAAAAUAUAGAUGACGAGUGCGAUGCAUUGGGAGUAACAUUUGUGAAAAUUGAUAAUCCAGAGGAAGCUGUAGAAUAUGGCAUAAAUAAAGUUCCUAAAUUGAUAUAUUUCGAAAAAGGCAUUCCAACUAUUUACGAUGGCAAUCUUGAAGACGAAGAGAAACUUUUAAAAUGGCUGGAAAAACAAACAACUUCCGAUCAAAUUGAAGACAUUACUGAUGAAAUGCUGGAUUUAAUAAUUGAAAAAAUGCCACACGUAGCUGUUCUGUUCUAUGACAAAGACCAGAAGAAAUCUCAAAAAGUUCUAGCAGAAUUGGAGAAUAUCGAUGAUGAAUGUGAUCAAAACGAUAUCGCUUUUGUUAAAAUCGAUGAUGAUAAUGAAGCUAAAGAAUGGGGUAUCGAUCAAAUUCCAUCUAUCGUUUUCUUCGAACGUGGCAUACCACAUAUCUAUGAAGGUGAUUUGAUGAAAGAAGAUGAACUAUUGGGUUGGUUAGUGCAUCAAAAACGUUACUCGGAAAUUCCUGAAGUUACCGAUGAAAUGAAAGAUAAGUUGGUUGAAAGCACAGAACAUUUGGCUGUUAUUUUCUAUGACAAGGAUGAUAAACAGGAUAUACGCGUACUUAAUGAAUUGGAAAAUAUUGAUGAUGAAUUGGAAAAGGAAGGAAUCGUUAUUGUUCGUAUUGAUAACGCUGCUGAAGCUAAAGAAUAUGGUUUAGAUCAUUUGCCUGCACUGAUCUAUUUUGAAAACAAGAUACCAGCUUUAUAUGAGGGUGACUUGAUGAAUGAAGAUGAAGUUUUGGAAUGGUUGAUAUUACAAAAGAAGACAGCAACCAUUGAAGAAGUUACUGAUGAAAUUUUAACCAAUUUAAUAAAUGAUCAUGAAUAUGUGGUUGUUUUCUUUACGGGUCCAUGCGAACCAGGCGAAAAAUGUGAUAAUACAUUGAAUGCACUCGAAAGUAUUGAUGAUGAAUUAGAUGAAGCUGGUAUUAUUUUUGUUACCACCGAAGAUACAGUUAUUGCCAAGAAACAUAACAUUAAAAUUUAUCCACAACUGGUAUUCUUUAGAAAUCGUGAUCCACUCUUCUUUACUGGUGAUUUGGAUGAUGAAGAUGAAGUUUUAGCUUGGAUAACUGAUGAGGAUACUUUAGAAAUACCCGGUAAAAUUGAAGAAGUCAAUAUAAAAAUGUUGGACAAAAUAUUAGCUGAAAAUGAACAUGUUGUAGUAUUUUUCUAUCGUGAAGGCGAUAAAAAAUCACAGAAAAUAUUGAAUGAAUUGGAAAAUAUCGAUGAUGAUUGCGAGCAAAAGGAUAUUGAUUUUGUUAAGACUUCUGAUGAUGAAAUUGAAAAGGAAUACGAUUUGCCUGCUCUGCCAGCACUUGCAUUUUAUAGAAAUAAAUUUAGAACCAUUUAUACAGGCGACUUAAUGAAAGAAGAUGAAAUUUUAGAAUGGGUUAUUGAACUUUACGAGUCAACCGCCGAUGUUAUUGAAUCUGUUGAUCGCAAAACUCUUCAAGUACUCAUAAAUGAUGUAGAACAUUUGGCUGUAUUUUUCUAUGAUGACAAAUGCAAUACUUGCCCUGGUAUACUUGAAGAAUUGGAAAAUAUCGAUGAUGAUACUGAUAAGCAUGGCAUUCAAUUUGUGAAGUCCAACGAUGUUAAACUCGCACAUGAGAUCGGUAUUUUUGCAUUCCCCGCAUUGGUCUACUAUGAAACAGGCGUUCCCAUCAUGUACGACGGUAACAUUGAGAAGAGCGAUAAUGUCUUCAAGUGGAUAUUGGAACAAAAGUCAGACGAAAGUAUUGAAUUUAUUGAUCGGGAAACAUUAUUUGAAUAUAUCGAUUCCAAAGACUUUUUGGCUGUUAUAUUUUACAAGGAAGAUGAUCCCGAUUCUCCACGUAUUUUGCGUCACAUUGAACUCAUCGAUGAUGAGGCCGCUGAAUAUGGCAUACAUAUUGUGAAAAUGCAUGAUAAGCUUAUGGCGAAGAAAUAUGGAUAUCGUAAUCCACCUGGCAUAACUUAUUUCCGUAAAGGCAAACAUAUCAAUUAUGAUGGUGAUAUCGAUGAUGAAGAGGAAAUCUUGGAUUGGCUUACAAGUCCAGCGAAUAUGGAAAUGACUGAUCACAUUGAACAAGUAAACCGAAAAAUGUUUGAGAAAAUACGUAAAACAUCAGAUUAUUUAGCUGUUAUAUUUCAUAGUGAAGAAUGCAAGCAAUGUCCACGUGUACUUGCUGAGGUUGAACACAUUGAUGAUGAAGCUGAUAAGGCCGGUAUUGAUUUUGUUAAAAUUGAUGAUAAACAAAUGGCUAAAGAAUUUGGUGUCUUCGCACUGCCUGCUAUAGUAUUCUUUAAACCUACGUCUAAGGAACCCGUUAUAUAUGCCGGUGACCUGUAUGAAGAAGAACAAAUACUUGCUUGGUUGCUCACACAAAAGGAUCCAAGUGGAGAUGUCAUUGAAGAUCUUGAAGGUGAAAAAUUAGUCAAGCUUAUUGAAGAGUCUGGUGCCAUUGCAGUUUAUUUCUGGAACAAGACACAAUGUGACAUAUGCAGUUCUAAGGCAGCCAGAAAGGCACGUCUCAAGAAGGAAAAAGAGCAACAACAACAAGCCGGAGGUGCAGGUGCUGCAGCUGCCGCAUUCGGAGGAGAAACAGAACAAACAGCCGAAGCAGCGGGUACUUCUGCAACUGUAGAACCAAUCGCAAGCAAACAUGAAGAGGACACUGAUGGUUGUGAGCAAUGUACUAAAGUACUAGAGGAACUGGAGAACAUUGACGAUGAUUGCGAUAAACAUGGUAUUACUUUUGUAAAGACCCGGGACUUUUCUGUCGCUGAUGGGUAUGGCGUGCAUGACUAUCCAGCACUUGUUUAUUUCGAAGGUGGAAUACCAAAUGUAUUUGAAGGGGAACUAAACGAGGAGGAAGAAGUACUUCAGUGGCUCAUAACUCAAAAAACGGAGGAUCGCAUUGAAUUGAUAACACGUCAAAUGCUGGAAACAAUGGUCGAAGAGACUCAAUAUUUAGCAGUAUACUUCUUACCUCCUGAGCGUAAUGGGAAACCACCCGCUUAUUGUCGAAGCUUCUGUUCGCCUUUGUCCCUUAAAGAAGACAACAUUUUGAACUCCACUACACACACUUCCAAACAAUUCGUUAAGAAUUACAUAUCACGCAAAAGAAAACGUAUUGAAAAUCAAGAUAAAAUUAAUUGUAAUAUAUGCGAUCAAAUUCUGGAGGGCUUAGAACUAAUUGAUGACGAAUGUGAUGUUUUUGGUAUUCAUAUGGUUAAAAUUCAAGAUCCACAAUUGGCGAAAAGAUAUUCAAUAAAAACAUUCCCAGCUUUAGUUUACUUCCGAAACGGCAAUCCAUUACUUUUUGAGGGUGAUUUACAGAACGAACAAUCCGUAUUGGAAUGGCUAAUUGAUGAUGAUAAUCGAGAACUAGCUGAUGAAAUUGAAGAAGUGAAUGAAAGGAUGUUGGAACGUUUAAUGGCUGAGUCAACACUGUUGGUAGUGUUCUUUUAUGACGAAGAUUGCGCCGAAUGUGAGGAAAUUCUAGAAGAGCUUGAAGAGAUUGACGGUGAAGCAGACAUGUUUGGUAUUGACUUUGUAAAAAUUGCCAGCACCGAAGCAGCUAAAAAAUAUGAAGUAGUAAAUAUACCAUCCUUGGUUUACUUCAGGAAACAAGUUCCUGUUUUAUACGAUGGCGAUUUACAUCAACAUGACAAAAUUAUAACCUGGCUUACAUCACAAGAUGUUUUUGAGAUUAAAAAUGAAAUCGAAGAAGUUAACCGUAAAAUGCUUGACAAAUUACUCGAAGAAAACGAAUUUUUAGCAGUGUUCUUUUAUGAGCACAAUCAACAAGACAGCACCGCAGCACUCGAGAAGCUCGAAAAUAUUGAUAGCGAAACUGAUAAUUUGGAUAUAACAUUUGUUAAAAUGGCGGAUUCCAGAUAUGCAAAGAAGUGGGGUGUAACUAAACUGCCAGCUAUGGUUUACUUCAGAAGAAGAUUCCCUAGCAUUUACAGAGGUGAUCUCCUAUCAGAGGAAGAAGUUUUAGAAUGGCUACGUAAAAAUCGUUUCCGUCAGCCAGAGUUAAACAUAUUUAUGUAUGCUUUAAUAGCUUUGGCUGUUGGAUUUGUAGUAUAUACAGCUUUUCUGUUGCAAUGUUUCAAACCAGCGCCACCUCCACCGCCACAACACCCAAAACAAUCGUGAUAAGCACGUUGAUUGAAAGUUAUUGAUACAAACUACGAAGAUGAAUCAAUAUGUGAAACUACCAAAAAAUUGAUACUUAAUUACGAAAAUGCAAUAAAAUAUAAGAGAUUUACAUAUAUUAAAUAUUAAUUGAAAUCAUCCAAUGAGCGAAAUGCGUGAAAUCGUCUAAAUUAGACGUCAUACUUUGAAGAAUUUGCAGAAUAUUGAAAAACCCAUAAAGACAAUAGAAAUGGGAAACAAAAAAAAUACUACUACUAUUACUAUUCUUAACUCUACUGAUACUUAUCUGAAGAACUUAUAUAUUUGUAAUUCAAGGAAAUUUUAAUUACGGUCCUUACGAUCAUUAUACACUUGCAUGAACACAACAUACUCGUACUAUAACUUAUAAAUUGUAGAAUUAUAAAUUUAUUUAAAUUUUUACUUAAUUAAAAUUUUGGAUGAUAAAUAGUGUUUUAUUAAA